GUGAGAGAACAAAAGGUUUCCAUGAUGUCUAUGAGGAGGUCCAGACUUCAGGUGAAACCUAAUUUAGGUUCUCGUGGCGGUAAACCUCCUGGUAGCCGACCUUCAAAAGUAGAAGAUAAGCCUUGCCCCUCUGUUGCACCUCAAGACAAACCAACUGUCAGUGCUAAAGAUAAUGAGACAGCCCUGGAGAGUACUGGUCACAAGGUCAGAGGGAAUAGUGCUGAUAAUCCACCAGCAGGUUCAAUAGUAACUCAAAACACACAACCCAGCCCCUUAUCAAGAGUACAGCAAGUAGCUGUUCAAAGGGGAAAUACUCUUGAUGGAGAGAGGUGUGAGGCAGCAACUGUGCCAAAUGUAGCCAUAGUGACUAACUCAGGCAGUGAGAAUAUCAAAGACAGCAGCUCUAAAUGCACAUCUCAGCAGUCCAGAUGUGAGGAGGUAGAACUAACGAAGAUAAAAGAAAAACCACUGGACACAGGACAGAAAUCCUCUGGUCAGGUGAACAGUCUACAAAACAAAGUGCAAUCACCAUCUCCAGAAAAGACUGACAAAGAGAUCACCAAGCCAGCUGCAAGACUGCGCAGUCGGUUUGCCAACCGUGUUAAGCCUAACCUUUCAGAGGCCGGUAAAUCGAGGACCAGGAGGUCUGCCAAUAAAGCAUUGGACACUACACAAACUUCUAAUCAACUAAACGUCCAACCUGUAACACCUUUGCAUGGUUCUGACUUGACAGCUGAUCUGUCGGACACCCCCAGGGUGGCUCAGGAUGAAGUCUCUGAGUCCAGAACUGCUACAGAAAGGACCACAUCUCCACAGGUUCUUUGUGAUGCAGUAGACAGCUGUGGAGAGCGAGUAGGAGCUGAGGUUGUGAUAGCAGGGGAGGUGGCUGAGUAUGGAAACCAUGAAGUGUUCACACCCCCACUCCCACCCACUCACCCUGAAUGCCCUCCACCCAGCCACAACGCCCGCCUCUCCACCUCAGGGUCAGUAGCUGAGAGUGAACCCUCUAAAGAUGAAGAGGAGGUUAAGGAGUCCCCUCCACCAGCACCAAAACAUAAACGGAGACUGCCAAGAGUUCAAGCCCCUGUUGACAAACCACCUGAUAAAUUCAAAAUGCUCAUGAAGGAUUUGAUAUAUUGGAAUCCCAUUAAAAAUCCCAUGAAGGUCCGUGAGAAAAAGAAAGCCGUUGAAUCUGGGCAUGAUGUCUCUGAUGCACUUAAAGAUGGAGGUUCCCAAGAGGUGAUGGAGAAGGAUGAAGAGCUGCCUGUUCCACAGGUGAAGAUUGGGCCGGAUGGCUCUAUCAUACUGAAUGAAGAGAGUUUAGUGAUAGAGAAGCCAAGUGACCAGUCAGAGAUGUCAGACAUUGGAGUUGUGGACGAGACCGAUUCUUUGAUCACCUCUUCCAGUUUCAGAACCAGGCAUCUUAGCAAAAACUGGACAGAGAAAGAGACAGAAAGAUUUUACUAUGCCUUGAGUGUUGUGGGAACAGACUUCUCCAUGAUGAGCAAUCUGUUCAAGAGGAGGAACAGAUAUGAUCUCAAGAAAAAGUUCAAGCGAGAAGAAAAAUAUAACAGAUCUCAGGUAGACAAGGCUUUAAAAGAGAGAAAGAAGAUCGACAUGUCUGUGUUUGAGAAUGUAUCUGAUGAAGGUGAAGACAAAGCCCCAAGAAAGAAGGCGGCUGGAAAGGGAAAGGGGAGGGUUAAAAAGAGGACAAAGGGUCAAGGUGAUGAGGAAGAGAGCUCUGAGGGCAAGCCAAAGAAGGUGGGCAGAAAACGGAAAACUGCAAGGAGGAGGGCACAUGCUCAACACUUCGAGGAAAGUGAUGAUUCAGCAGAGAAGGAGACUGCAGAUCAGAACAGAGAACCUGGUGGUGCGGUGGUACUAGAAGGCCCGUGUGUGCCCGUAGACCUGGAGGAUGAUGAUGAGGACAAUGAGGAGUUCAGAACCAUCGCCAAGAAAGAUGCUGGUAGCUCCAGUGAUGAGGAGGAUACAUCCCGGGUUCUGGAGAAUAUGUGUCAGACCACACGGUCAGGACGCGUCCCUAAGAGAACCAGCUUUUAUACAGCAGAGGAGCAGGCAGUAGCGGCAGCUGCCAGAAAAAGGCAGAAGAAAGACCCCGGUGUCAUCACACAGGCGGACAAUAGAACAAGCGUCUCAGUGAAGUCUACGGGAAGCCAGACCCCUGAAGGGAGGAGAGCUGAUCCUGUACAGAUUCAGACUGUUCAUAACAUUCCUAGUGUUGGGGGGAGUCAGUUAGUGCUGGUCACCCAGAAGGGUGCGGACUCUGCGGGGCAGGGCACUGUCAUACAUGUGUACAUGCUGUCCCCCAGCUCACACAGGAGUCCAGAGUGGCCAGCCUCUCCACUCACUUCCCCAAGGACUAACCCCCAUGUGUACUCAGUGUCUCCCCGGGGAUCAGCGUCUGAUGGGGAGGUAUCCAGUAUGUUAGUGAUGCCCCAGCAGGAAUCAGGUGUUGUGGAUGAGGAGGCUCAGCCAAGUGCUGAGGAUGCACUGCCAAUUGUGUGUGCAGAGGAGACUGUGUCUACAUCAGAGACAGUGACCAGUCUGGAACAUGCUGUUAUAGAGGCCCUGAGAGAGUGAAACUCUACUGCCUAUGUUCUAACUACCUCAGAGAUUUGCUCCACAACUCUGUUACAACCAGGUCAAGUUUCUGGCCAUCUUAUGUUUUCCAGAUAAAAUCAUGGUUUGAAAUGAAAUCAUCAUGAAUACCAUGAAAUCAUGAGGAAGAUUUAAUUUAUUUGACAUAGUGCAUGUAUCAUUGCCUGAAGAGUACUUUUUGAAAGUUUUUACCUCAGCAAUAAAUAAUCAUUGCUCCUUAAUGCUGCUGCUUCUGUCUUAUAAUAUAAAUUGUGUAGUUAUUUUGUUUGAUG